AUGCUUUCGGAAUAUGACAUAAUAUAUGUAAGCCAAAAAGUGAUCAAAAGAAGCAUCAUUGUUGAAUUCUUCGUAGACAGGGCCGUUGAUGAUUAUGAGCCCAUGAAGCUUGAUUUUUUAGAUGAGGAACUAAUGGCCAUCUUAGAAUUAGAAGAAGAUAAAGACGAUGAAGAAACAUGGCAGAUGUAUUUCGAUGGGGUCGCUAAUGCCAUAGGGCAUGGGAUUGGAGCAAUUUUGAUAUCUCCAACAGAGCACUACUAUCCUGUUACAGCAAGAUUGAAUUUUAACUACACCAAUAAUGUAGCUGAAUAUAAAGCUUGUUUCAUGGGGCUGUAUGCUGCUUUGAACAAAAAAAAUGAAAUAUUAAAGAUGUUCGGGGAUUCAACUUUAGUCAUUUAUCAAUUAAAAGGUGAAUGGGAAAUAAGGGAUUCCAAACUUAUCCCCUAUCAUAAAUAUAUUUUAAAGCUAUGCAAACGGUUUAAAAUAAUUAGGUUUGAACAUUUACCUUGGGAAGAAAACCAGAUUGUAGAUGCCUUGGCUAUCUUGGCCACAAUGGUACAGAUUGGUGACAUUACAGAGAUUCAGCCUAUCAAAUUGGAUAUAAAAAAUAUGCCAGUACAUUAUGCCAACUUAGAAGAAGAGGAGGAUGAUCGUCCCUGGUGCACAGUGGUGUAUGUGGAGCACAUGCAAAUGGACACAUGA